AUGGACGGCUCGGGACGGAUCAACUACGAGCAGCUCUGCGAGAUCCGGCGGGACCUGGAGGCGGCGUCGGGGUCCGACAUCUUCCACGGGCCCCUGAGCGCGCGGAAGUUCCUCCAGCUGCCGCGCGACCAGCACUCGCGCAUCUCCGCGCGCGACCUCUACAACCGCGUGGACCGCGAGACCUGCGUCGCCAAGACGCAGCUCACCAUGCGGCCCUACGACGGCAGCGGCAAGGGCUACCUGCGGGAGCACGAGCUCGAAAGGUACAUCUACGACUUCAUCCCGGAGAUGCCUCUGGCCUCGUCGAUGGACGACAAGUUCCACGCGUUCUACGUCUUCACGGCCGUGCGGCGCUUCAUGUUCUUCCUGGACCCGAAGCGCCGGAGCCGCAUCCCCAUCGCGACGCUCGCGGCGAGCGACAUCUCCUUCGAGCUCCACGAGAUGGCCGACGUCGCCGCGGGCUCGGACCGCGCGGCGCGGAGCUCGUGGUUCCUCCCGGACAACGCGAAGCGCGUCUACAGCGACUACCUCGAGCUCGACGAGGACCACAACGGCAUGCUGUCCAAGGCCGAGCUCCUGAAUUUUCGCGGGCUGCGGGGCGAGGCGCGGCUCACGAAGGCCUUCGUGGAGCGCGUCUACGCGGAGAUCAUCACGUACCGGACGAACGAGGCCACGGGCGAGGGCGAGAUGGACUUCAAGACCUACCUGGACCUCGUCCUCGCCUUCGAGAAUCUCGCGACGCCCCAGGCCCUGGCCUACUUCUGGCGCCUCCUCGACGUGAAGAAGCAGGGCUCCAUCGACGUCUUCACGAUCAACUACUUCUUCCGCGAGAUCGCCGACAGCAUCCGCGACGAGGGCUACGACGCGCCCAUCACGGCCGACGUCGUCGACGAGAUCUUCGACAUGGUCAAGCCCAAGGACCCGACGAAGAUCACCUACGACGACCUCCGCGACUCCAAGCAGGCCCACACGGUCAUCUCCAUGCUCACGGACGUCGCGGGCUUCCUCGCCUACGACAACCGCGAGCACAUGAUGCAGCCCGAGGACGACGACCUCGAGGAGAGCUAG